AUUUGCUGGGACUGAGGGAAAGGGGUGCGAUAUGAUUUCUCCUCCUAUUAUAUCUUUGCUCGUGUCUGCCGGCGUGGGGAUUGCCACGCCGAUGGGACGUCCGCUGCCUUUGGUCAUCUGGCAUGGUCUUGGCGAUGCAUACGACUCGGAGGGAAUUCAAAGCGUUGGAAAUCUAGCACAACAAGUCCACCCGGGCACCUUCGUUCACUCAAUCUACCUAGACCAGGAUUCAGACGCGGACCGCUCAGCAACCUUCUUCGGCCAAGUCGACGGGCAGAUCGCUAGCGUCUGCUCGCAACUCUCCACAAUCCCGGAACUCUCAUCAGGUUUCAACGCCAUCGGCUUCUCGCAAGGUGGCCAAUUCCUCCGUGGCUACAUUCAACGCUGCAACGACCCGCCCGUGAAAACACUUAUAACCCUCGGCAGCCAGCACAACGGCAUCGCAGACUUCUUAGCGGAAUGCAAGCCAACAGAUUUCGUCUGCCGAACCGCGUCAUCCGCACUCCGCUCCAGCAAGUGGACCCCCUGGGUGCAGAACCGCGUAGUACCCGCACAGUACUUCCGGGAUCCAGAGGAUCUAAGUGCGUACCUUGAGCAUUCUGCCUUUCUCGCCGAUAUCAAUAACGAGCGCCCCGGCGAGCGCAACAAAACUUACGCAGAGAAUCUGGCGAGCCUGGAGGGGUUCGUCAUGCUCAUGUUUGAAGACGAUACCACCGUUGUUCCCAAGGAGAGUGCCUGGUUCGCCGAGUUCAAUAAGACUACCGGGGAAAGAACUCUCGUAGAGGAUAGGGAGCUGUAUAAGCAGGAUUGGAUCGGCUUGAAGGAAUUGGGGGAUCGGAAGAGGUUAGAGUUUCUGACCGCGCCUGGGAGGCAUAUGGAGUUGAGCGAUGAGUUGUUGACGGGGCUUUUCAAGAAGUACCUCGGCGGGAAGGUUAACGUGGAGAAGAUGGAGCUGCAGGUGCAGGGUGUGGAGCUUUGAGUUUUCAUUCUUGGGUGGGUGGUGGAAUUUUUUGGCCU